AUGGCCCCUGAGAAUCAGCCUCCUCCUCAAAGCCCUAAUCCUGAUCCAAAGUCGCAAUCUCAAAUACCAACCACGCCGGAUGUUUUUCCUGCAAAUUCACGUCCUUCCUCCAAACAGCCCGCCAAUAGCUCUCCAGCAACACAUAGCCCAACUCCCGAUCGGAAUUCAUUACAGUCUACAAAUAACCCUAAUGAAACCCCAAGUACUGAAAAACACAAAAGUCCUCUUCCAUCUCCUCCAUCCCAAGAGCCUCAAACCUUAAGUACCCAAGAAGCACUUCCUCCAAAUAGUAAACUUCCAGCCCAACAGAAAACUUGUUCGUCCCAAGAACCUAGUAAUAGCCUAGGCACCCAAAUUGCGAUUAAUAAAACACUUCUGUCAUCCCAGCAACAUGCUACAAAAAAGGAAAACCCUACUCCAGCCGCAGAUAACGAAGGUGAGAUGGCUUGA